UGCCAGUUGCUCCGUCGUUCUCCGCGAGUUAAGCACGGCUUGGCUCUUGACUCCUCAACACUGAAAAUUCAAGCGGCUACUCAAUCCCAGUGAAAAAAAAACCGCAAAAUGCGUAUAUCAGCCAAUAUGUCUUUCCUAUUUGGUGGCUCGCUGUUGCUGGCAAUGCUCUGCUUGACCCAUCAACAAGCCCCUCUGCUCUCAGUUGGCAGUCCUCUCGAGGCAUUGACGCCACAGACCGCAUUCAGUAAGAGCAACGAUCCUAUGCAGUCGCUGCGUAACAGCUUUAACGAUGAUACGCUGCGGAGUAUUGCUCAAGGAGCACAGGAAUUUGGAUUGGAUUUGCUGAAUCGCAUCGCUGUGGUCGUCGAACAGGCGAACAGGGACUUUAUGAUAUCGCCAUUCUCGGUGUGGUCGCUGCUUAUCUUGCUGUUCGAGGCAGCCGACGGUCGAACUUAUGAACAACUGCGUCAGGGAUUGCGUAUCAAUGUGAGUCCUGAGGAACUGCGUUCUGUCUACCGUGUGUGGAGUUCUUACUUGAAUGUGAAGACCACCACCAUUGAGGUUGCAUCGCUGCAAGUGCUUUACGUGGAUACAAGUUCGCCGGUGAAGAGUAGCUAUCGCGAUGUCGUGCAGAACUAUGGCGUACAGCCCGAGGAGGUGGAUUUCUAUGCCCGUGAAACGGUUCAACUCAUCAAUGAUGCAGCCAAUCGCACGACUCGUGGCCUCAUCCCCUAUACAGUGUUGCCGCAGCAGAUCUAUGGCGCCAAGAUGUUUAUGAUGUCGACGCUCUUCUUCAAGGGCCAAUGGAAGUUCCCCUUCAAUGAGUCGCGCACGCGUGUAGAAAACUUCUAUGAUGAGAGCGGCGGUGUUCUCGGCCAGGUGCCAAUGAUGGUGCAGGAGGGCAAUUUCGCAUAUGUGACCAACAUUCAAGGCCUGGAUGGUUAUGUGCUUGAGCUGCCAUAUGGUACACAGGAUCGUCUGUCCAUGAUUGUUGUGCUCCCGAAGCGUGGCUUCAAGUUAAGCGACAUCUCUGCCAAUCUAAAGAAUCUGGGUCUGGCACCGAUUCUGCAGCGCAUUGCCAAGUUUAGACGGGAGGCUAGCGAAGACAACGAGGUGGAGGUGCUGCUGCCCAAGUUUACAACGCAAACAGACUUCAACUUGAAGCAAAUUCUCACAGAGAUGGGCAUUCGUGAUGUGUUUGAUCAAAAGGACUCCAAUCUUAGUCGUAUGGCCGAAGGUUUGUACACCUCAUACUGUGUGCAUGCCACCAAGAUCAUUGUAGAUGAACAGGGCACCGCGGCCGCAGCUGUAACCUCGGCUGUGCUGUCCAACAAAGCAUCACCACCAAAAUUCCAACUGGAUAGACCAUUCCAAUACAUGAUCGUGGAGAAGUCGACGAGUCUGCUGCUCUUUGCCGGUCAAGUGAGGAAUCCGAGUAGGACUUAA